AAUGAGAUCAAGAAUAUCUAGAGAUUCUAAGAUGAUAGAAAAUGAACACAUGCAGUAUGUUAAGAGGUGUAUUUAAACAGAGUGUAAUGUACCGUACACUGAGGCAAGUUGUUCUCCUGGUCCUAUGUGUAGCUGGGAUACAAACCGUACUAGGAUGGAGAUCAAGAGAAGAAGAUGAAAGCUCAAGAUGGACAAGUAGAUCAAAGUACACUAGGCCAGAGAUCUACAGAACUGAUUACAGAAAGACUGUUCGGCCUGCAUAUGACAGAUAUGACGAUUAUUACGAAUAUUACGAGGACGAGGAGGAGCAGGAGGAGAAGAGUGGAGAACUAAGUCAUUUCUCAGAGUUUGAUGACAGAGUAUCAAGAACCAGAGGUUCAAGAUAUCCCAGGAAAGAUCCACAGUCCUAUUUGGCCCCACUUAUAAUAUUCACACCUCUUAUCAGUGUAGCUCUUCUCUACGCUUCAACCUUCUUCACUCAGAACAUGCCUCAACAUUUCCUAACACUCACUACACUUAGGAACACAAAAGAUUUAAAUUAG